UCCGGGACCAGGGGAGCAAACGCACGAGCGAGCAGAGAACGCAGCCGACGACCAGAGCAGAGACUUGGACAUUACACGCAGCCCAGCCGGACCCCGUACGCUUUAAUCGAGUGGAAAAGUUUGGAGAGAAAAAAUGCAGUCGGUGUACCAGCACCUGAUCAGCCUGCUGUUUGUCUUCGGCAGCCUGCAGGUUAACCAGCUGACGGAGGGCUGCUCGUGCGCUCUGUCGCACCCGCAGGACGCCUUCUGCAACUCCGACAUAGUGAUUCGCGCUAAAGUUGUGGGCAAGAAGCUUCUGAGAGAUGGACCUUUUGGAACGAUGCGCUACACAGUCAAGCAAAUGAAGAUGUACAAAGGAUUCGACAAAGUGCAGCACGUGCAGCACAUUUACACGGACGCCUCGGAGAGUUUGUGCGGCGUGAAGUUUGACAUCAACAAGUACCAGUACCUGAUCACAGGUCGAGUGUACGAUGGCAAGGUCUACACGGGGCUGUGCAACUUCAACGAGCGGUGGGAGCGCCUCUCAUUGGCCCAGAAGAAGGGCAUCAACCAUCGCUACCAGCUGGGCUGCAACUGCAGGAUUAAGCCCUGCCACUACCUGCCCUGCUUCGUGACCUCGAAGAACGAGUGCCUAUGGACGGACAUGCUGUCCCACUUCGGAUACCCCGGCUACCAGUCCCGGCACUACGCCUGCAUCCAGCAGAAGGAGGGCUACUGCAGCUGGUACCGGGGCAUGGCUACACGCGAGAAAACCACCAUCAAUGCCACCGACCCCUGAACUUCAACGAACCCUAGCCCAAAAUCCACUGCCCGCCUCCCUGACUCCGUCCCAUCCCUAUCACUUCUAGAGAAUUACAGGACUCUUUAAGCUCACUUGCCUGGGUGGCCGCCUCUUUAAAGUGGCAAAAUGAAACAGAGAAAAGACCACAUCCAUUACAGUGCCUGCUUCGUAGCACUUCUGAUAGAAAACAAUACCUUUUGUCCUUGCACCAAACGGUCUCUUCAGGGUUCAGUGGUGUUAGACAUUUAUAAAACCAAUAAGAAGUUUAGGACCUUGAAGAACUAAUCUCUAAGAAAAUCAGUGACCUGUACACAAUUCUAAGUAUCAAUAAGCCUCGUUGGUGUUAAUUAGCGACCUGCAGUUAGCCUACUGCUAACCCAGUAUUAUGGUAAUUUUGUGCAUCGAGAAAGCUAUAUGAAAGAGCAGCCAAUGGUCGAUAUGUACAUUUGAGAUGUAAAGCUGUUACAUUGUUGCUACUGAACUGUACUUGCUAGCAUUAGACUCUACACAUCAUCAACACAGAUCGAGUGCCAAUGUGAGGUAUGAUCUCUGAAAAUUAUACCUCUUAUUUCGGCCUCAAUUUAUUUUUUUUGAAAAUGGUUUUACAGUAAAGUAUACAUUGAUUAUGUUCACAGUUUUUACUGUAACGUCUUUAUGGAUGGUAGACUCUCUGCUUACCUGAAUGUUUGCCAUGUAACUCAUUUUGCAGUUAUAUCACAAACAACGCC